AGAUUGAAGUUCUAAGGUACUUACAUUUUCCUGCUCUCUCAGUUUGUCUUCGCAUUCGCAAUGGAGUUGAGAGUCAAAUUAAGUGGGAGAAUUCUCCAAUUUCUCUGUGCAAUUUUAUUGAAUUUCCAUACAAUGAUCUACGCUAUGGUCGUCACUUGGCCAUCUCCUGCACUUCCUCUGCUCCUUUCCGAAGACAGUCCUCUGCCUACUGGAAAGAUCUCGAUUGGAGACGCCAAUUUGAUCAGUUCUCUGCCCUAUUUCGGUGGUGUGGUGGGCACUAUUUCUUUCGGAUUUAUUGGUAAGCGCUUCGGACAGAAGUGGCCCAUAAUUCUGGCCACGAUUCCAGAGAUCGUGGCAGCUCUGCUCAUCGCUUUCGCUCAGGAUGUCAAUUAUAUUCACGUGGCGAGAUUUCUUGGAGGAGCCGCCGGUGGUUGCUUGCAAUUAGUCGUGGCGUAUGUCUGUGAAGUGUCAGAAGACAGGUGAAACGAGUGUUGAACUGGUUUUCCAGAAAAAUAUCCAAGGAACUUCUCUUCUCUUUUAGUGUUCGAGGAAUUUUGGGAUCAAU